AUGAGCACAUUCUUCUGUAAGUACUGCUCGACCUACGUGCGCGAGAAUGAGCGCAAGAAGCAUGAAGGAAGCUUCAAGCAUCAGAAUGCCAUUCAGAAGAGUUUGAGAGAACUGCAAAAGACGAAUAUCCGAGAGGAGCGGGACAAGCAACGAGCGAAAGAUGAAGUAGCGAGACUCAAUGGUCUGGUUGAUGGGAAAGGUAAGGUCGCUACUGCCGGCGGUGGAUCAGAAAUUUCUGGACUGAAGGACCUUGGCCGUACGAAUGCGACUUCCGCACCAGCUGCCAGCACGGCGGCGCAGAGAAAGUUACAUGCCGAGCAGCUUGCGGCUCUGGGUGUGGAAUUACCAGAGGAGCUCAAGAAGGAGGUGACUGGAGUCGGUGGCUGGCAGACCAUCUCGGAGCGUGUGAUUGAGGAUGAGCAGCCGUCGAUGUCCUUAGCAGGCAUCAAGGCUGAAGAAGACAGUAAAGACGACAUUGACGCGGACGGCGUAUUCCGGGGCGUUCGAAAGCGGCAGGUGGAAGGUGAAGACGAGGAGGAACAAGAUAGGGCGAGACGGAAAGCUUGGGGCAGCAGUGUGAGGAAGUACCCCGGAGGCAAUGGUGGAGCUGCAGACGAAGAUCUGGAUGCUCUGCUUGGUGGUGUAGGCAAGUCGAAGUCCGGGGAGAUCAAGACAGAAGAUGGCGAGGAGGGAAAAGGGCCGAUAGAGACAGAAGAGAGUGCUGAAGGUGAUGUCGUAGCUGGUAUGCCGAAGGCUGGUGUAGCAGAUGCAGUCGUGAAAGAAGAAGAGGACGCAGUACGGGCUGUGGUUUUCAAGAAGCGAAAGAUCAAGAGAUGA